CAACCCAUCUCCGAGAAAAUGUGCUGGGUGCUGUUUGCCUGCUUUCUAGCAUAGGGUAUAGAUUGUGGCCUGAGCUUUGCUCUGAAAGAAUGUAUUCUGUCAUUGUUUAUUUUUACAUAUGCAGACUUAUUUAGGAAAAUCCUUUAGACUACGCAUUGACUUCUCAAAUGUAUCAAAUCCUUACAAGAUUCAAGAAGGCAGUCUGAAGAAUAUGGAGCAUCAUUUAUUUCUGCCUCUCCUGUCUUUAAAAUGGUUAUUUCUGUUACUUUUUUCUUGUUUGGGCGAUUUACAGUAGCCUAGUACAUGGUGGCGUAGCCUGUUGCCUUUCACCCAUAGUGUUUCUCUUUUUUUCUCUACUACUCCCUCACUCCCGCCCCCGCCAGCCCAUAAAGGGGCCGGGCCACUGUGCGUCAUCUCUACCCGAGCGGCUCCACAGAGCUUUAUAGGUUUGCAUGAGCGCAAGGACACAGACUGCUCAGCGAGAAGCGAGAGCUGCACUUUAUAUACCGGGGCUAAAUUUAGGGCUACGUCCAUCCUGAACGUGUUUCCUCCACUCGCUCAAUUGGUCCAGCUAUUCAGCUGCAAUAUUUAUAAGGUAGGAGGAUCUCCUGCCGUACAAACUUGUAUACUUGAGUGGUCCGUCUUAGUCAGUUCUUAAUACUUGUGAAAAGCAAAGUAUACGCAAGGCACACAGUUUAAACUCAAGAGAAGAACUUUGGACUUAUGGAGAUGGCCUUAUCUGGGACCAUUUUACCAUCAAUAGCAACAUUCUCAAACCAAAAGGACAAACUUUGGGAACAAAGGUGGAAAAACGAAGGGGACAAGCCCGUGUCUUCCAACUGCACUGAUCUAAAUAUGGUCCAAACCAUGGACAGUUGCCGUGGAAGAAAGGACGACGAGGAUCUGAGCAAGUACUUGGAUCUGGAGUUUAUUCUCGCCAACACGACCGGCGCCGACAGCAUCGGGGCGCUCAACACAGGUGUGGAGUAUUCCAUGGCAGCCACGGAACCGUGCAGCCUCUACCAAAUGGUUAACGGCAUGAGCUCUUUCCACUCAAACGAUGCCAGCCCGCCUCCACCACCCUACAACAAUAGCCUCAUGGCUGAACUUUUGAGAGCCGACGUUGACAGUUAUGGCAUGGCAAGCAGUGGCACCAUUCAAGGAAGAUUUCUCAUUAACUCAGCACCAUUUCCUAGACAGGACUUUGUUGACAUCAAAGUCGAGCCGAACAUGGACAGUUACGGACCUGUUAUGGGCAUGGUCCCUCAGACAUGUCAGAAAAUCAAGCAAGAGGGCAAUGUAUCAUGCAUGAUGUCUUUCGAGCAGCCACGAAUUGCCAUUUCCCCGCGGGCGGCUUCCAACAUGACUCCGCCGCUCAGUCCGGAUGACCAAGUGAAUUCUGAGUGCCAGCCUCAGGUCUGUCACAGCAUCUUCCCACAGACCUACUCCGCUAUUCCCUCAUUCGCACACCACCCAGCUCAUCCACCGCCUCAGCAGAUGCCACAUCCGUACCGGGGAGCGCACCAGUUUGGCAUGUUCGAAGACGGUCUUGGUAUGCAGCCGGGCUCACAGAGAGCCCUGCUCACACCUCCGUCAUCGCCACUCGAGCUUCUGGAUGCCAAGCCCAAGAGAGGACGUCGUACCUGGCCAAGGAAGCGCACUGCCACGCACACCUGUACCUUCGCUGGCUGUGGCAAAACUUACACCAAGAGCUCACACCUCAAGGCUCAUCACCGAACACACACAGGUGAAAAGCCAUAUCACUGCAACUGGGAGGGCUGCGGAUGGAAAUUCGCUCGUUCCGACGAGCUGACACGCCACUUUCGCAAGCACACCGGUCACCGUCCCUUUCAGUGUCAUCUCUGCGAGCGUGCCUUCUCCAGGUCGGAUCACCUGGCACUGCACAUGAAGCGUCACCUGUAAAAGGAUGCAGGACUGAGACAACAGUUUUGAAGAACAUGACUUUUCUUAUGCCAAUUGCCUUAUAUUAUUGUUUUUUAUUUAAUUUUCAUACGACUCAAAGGCAUUUUCUGUCGUUUAUAAAGACUUAUAAUGUUAUAAUUUUUUUAACAAAUGUAGCUGGUACUACGAUUGCAAGAGCAAAAAAAUGGCUCUUUUUUUUAGUGCAUUGGGGUCAAACCACCAACUUGUAAAGUUGGCUUUUGACAUGUGUGUAUUCAACUGGAACAGUGUAUAGCAGUGCCUUUUUAUUUACGAGUACAAACUACUGUAUGAGGGCAAGCCUAUUGACUAGCAAUGUUCAGAAAAAAACAAACAGAAAGUAAUAUCUGGAUUGACAACAUGAGCGCAGUGAUAUGACAAUGUUUUGGUUUAGAAACUGCCUUAAAAGUUUCAGUGACUCCAGCUCUGUGCAUUUUUUGCAAGUCAGUUCUGAAGUCAUGAUGAAUUUGGUUUAAAUGUAUUUCUAUUCAAACAUGUUGUAUUAUCUAGGUACAAUAACUGUAUUCUCAAGCCCCAAUGUACAAUACCAAAUCAGGGCUUGAUGUCCUGUUUUUUAUGAAAUAUGUAUAUAAAUUUUAUAUUGUAAGUAGGGUAUUUAUUGUAAAUAUUAAACUAAAUUUGAAUAUA